AUGCUGCCUGCAACUUUCAAACUGUGCGCUGGCAUUUCCUACCGGCACAUGAGGAACAUGAGAGGUUUGAGAAAGAAUGCAAUUGUGGCUCUUCACCAUGAACUGGACAGACUUGCAGGUCCAUGCCCCAGUAACUGGAUUACCCAAGUGCGGAGACGAAGUUCCCUCCUCAGUUCUCCGAUCAGAGAAGAAAUUGGAUACAGUGAGGAGGAAAUGUCAUAUGUGAAACAAGGUGAAGAUGCACUGCAGAAAGCUAUCAGCAUCCUCAGUGAGCAGGAAGGCUGGAUUGUUGAAACUGUUGCAGCAAAUGGUGACAAAGUCCUGAGUAAGGUAUUGCCUGGCAUUGGAAAGGUGUUCAGACUAGAGGUACUGUUAGAGCAACAUCCUGACAGCCUUUACGGAGAGCUGGUGGGAAACAUGGAGCAGAUGGGGGAGUGGAACCCAAAUGUGAAGCAGGUCAAGAUUCUUCAAAAAAUCGGCAAGGACACUAUGGUGACUCAUGAGGUGUCAGGAGAUACACCAGGCAAUGUAGUGGGGCCUCGGGAUUUUGUCAGCGUUCGAUGCGCAAAGCGCCGAGGCUCCACCUGCUUCUUGGCUGGAACGUCCACUCAACAUCCAGAGAUGCCAGAGCAGAGGGGUGUGGUCCGGGGAGAGAAUGGGCCCACAUGCAUAGUUAUGAAGCCCAGCAGUGAAGACCCAAAUAAGACCAAAUUCACCUGGUUACUAAAUAUAGAUUUAAAGGGCUGGAUCCCAAAGACCAUCAUCAAUAAAGUGCUCUCCCAGACACAGGUGGACUUUGCCAACCACCUCAGGCAAAGAAUGGCCUGUCAGGUUACCGCGGAGAUGGCUCACACCUGCUGA